AUGCUGAAGGCGAAGGAGAGCAAGGGCGUGGGAGGCGGCACACGAAGCAAGAAGUCGACUCACGUUCGCUUCUUCCUCCCCUCCUCCCCACCACCUCCCAACCUCGACGACGACGAUGACGACGAUGCCGACCACUUCGCUCCCUCCCAUGUGCCCUCGCGUUCCUCUUCCUCCUCCUCCUCCUCCUUGUCAUCAUCGACUUCAUCCCUGCAACCACCCGCUCGUGCUUAUCCCUCCUCUUAUUCCUCCUCCUCCUCUACUUCAUCUCAACCGCCACGUCGUCCACCACCCGUCGCACCUUCAUCAUCUUCAUCUUCUUCAUCAUCUCGUCCACCGCAUCGACCACCUCCCGCGGCUCCUUCAUCAUCAUCAUCAUCAUCAUCUUCUUCUUCUUCGUCGCGCGUACGACUGCCGCCUUCUUCCUUCUCUUACCUGGCGCCGCCGUCGGCCCUCGGCUCGUCCACGUCCACUUCCGCGGCCUCGGCCUCGGCCUCGACUCCACGCCGCGGCCCGCCGUCGACCGCCUUCUUCGCGCCGCCACCUUCCCGCCCGCUGCUCUCGACCUCGUCCUCCUCCGCGGCCUCGCUGCCCGGCUCCUCCUCGUCGGCCGCUGGCAUGAUCGGCGCCGGCGGCUGGACCCGCUACCGCUCCGCCGUCGAUCGCGCCUCAGCCGCCGCCGCUCCAUCGUCGUCAUCGACUUCAACGGCGGACAGACGGCCGUCACCGCCGCCGCCGCGGUGGCGCGAUGACACGGACGUCAGCAGCAGCAGCGACGACGACCGAACGUUGACGGACGCGACCACGAACCCGUCGUCAUCGUCUGCGGCGUCGCCGCCGCCACCGUCGAUGUCGGCCACCGAGGGCGAGGUGACGACCGACGGCGAGAUCACUCACCCGUCGCUCUCAUCGGCCAUGUCCUCCGGCGUGUCGUCGUCGUCUUCGUCGUCGUCGUCGUUUGGUCACUCGCCGGUGCCCUCGCUCUCGUCGCCCGUGUCGUCGCCCUACGCCCCGGCGGGCGCACCGUCGACAUCGCCGCGACGGGCGCCGUCCCCGCUGGCGUCGUCGUCGUCGUCGCCGUCGUACCAGCCGCCACGAUUGCCGCGGCCGGCACCACCGGCGCCAAUCGAGCCGGCUCCCACGUCAUUCGCCUGCGCCCGACCAUUUGGCGGCGUCAAGGUAGGUGCUGCCACCAACAAAAAGAAGACCAAGAUCCGGUUUGGCGUGGAGGUCGGCCGGCUGAGCCAACCCCGGUGCUCCCUCCGCGUCUCGCACCUCACCGGCACCGAGGGAAGAAGAGCCAGAAAGUGGGCCGACGUGCGCAGCAACACCGUCGCCGUCUCGUUCGCCUUCACCGUCAAAGAGGGCGUCAACGUAUUCGAGCUGGGUGAGCUGUCGGGCAGCAUCAAGAACCUACUCCUCCUUGUCGGCUCCGACGAACUCGACACCGACCUCGAAAGCAAGCUGGUGGACGAGGGGCCGGGCACGAGAAAGAUUCUGCUGCUCAACCUGCUGUUCCGCGACGAGUGCCUCUUCCACGCGAUCUCGGCCGUGCUGGCCCACCACCGGAUCGAGCAGGCCGACGCGUCGCUCCUCCUCUCGCAGUCGCCGGCCGACUGCCGAUCGCGCCGGGCGCGGCUCGAGGGCAUCGACGCCCGACUUGUGGUCGACGCGGUCAUCGGUCGGUCGAUCCUGGGCUUCGUCGAGGAGCUGGUGGCCAACCUCCGCAGGGAGGCCGUAGCGCCCGCGUCGGCCGAACAAGAAAACGAAAACGAAGAGAAAGAACGAAGACGAAGCGAGCGCGAAAGCGAAAAGCGAAGAGGGGAGGGAACGCGACGCCAUAGGGCGACGAAGGAGGAGAAGCGACGGGUGGCCGGCGCCAUGCUCCGCAAUUCGACUCGCUCGACGAGCUCGUCCGCCGGCUGUGGCCCAUGCCCGGCACUGCCGACAACGGCGGCGACGGGGAAAACGAAGAAGAAAACGAAAACGAAGAAGAACGAAACGGUGGAGGACGCGAAGAGAAAGAAGAGAACAAAGGAGAAAAAGAAGAAGCGGCUCAGCGGCUCCGCGUCAAAGCGUCAGAGCGCCGACACCGCCCGACACCGCAGGAAUUCAUCAUCGUCAUCGAGUCGACGGCGAGACGCUGUCGACGCCGGCGUCCGCGACGACGAGGCCCAGCAGUGGGAGAGCUACAGCUGGCACUCGCUACACGCCUACCUGCUGGCCAGCUACGACCAGCUCGUCCGCCAGACUACCGCCGCCGCCGCUAGUGUCGACGGUGACGGCGACGGCGACGAUCACGAUGUCGACAGCGGCGCGAGGCCACGCGACAUGGGCCGCGAGAUCGAAGAGGGCAUCGUGGCCAGCGUGCGCGAUAUGAUGCUGAAGCUGCAGAGUUUGAGCACGAUCCACUCGGUGCGCGCGAUCGCGGGCGACGACGUGCUGCUGGUGGCCUGCGAGGGCAUGGACCUAUUCGCGGUGCUGCCCUCGCCCGACGAGAUGCGAAGCCCGGCGGCGCAAGAAAAAGAACGAAAGCGAAGCGAGUAA